CGUCACCCCUCCUCCCCCACGCGUGCGCAGUGCGGCGGAGCGCUCCCCCCCCCCUUCACCCCCACCCGCGGCGCGGCGCGGAGGAUGCGGGGCCGCAGCUAAGGCGGCGCAUCGGUAUUGAGGAGGAUGGAGGCGCCCCUGGUAAGCCUGGAGGAGGAGUUCGAGGAGGGGCCCAGGGACGAUGGGGGAACCCCACAACGCGCUGCAGACCCAGCGCUGGCCGAGCUGGAGAGCUUCUCGGCCGAGAUGAUGAGCUUCAAGUCAAUGGAGGACCUGGUGCAGGAGUUCGACGAGAAGCUCACUGUCUGCUUCCGCAACUAUGAUGCUGCCACCGAGGGUCUGGCCCCCGUGCGGGGGCGUCUCCAGGCACAGGAGGAGGAGGAGCGUCUCCAGGAUGAGGAGGUCUGGGAUGCUCUCACUGAUGGCUUCGUCCCCCGGGGCUCCCCCCGGCCCUGGCUGCUCCCAGGGGCUGAGGCCCCCGACGGCACCGACCCCCAGCUCUGCGAGAAGGAGGAGGAGGAGGAGCUCACUGAGAGGAGUGAGCAAGACUCGGGCAUCAAUGAGGAGCCGCUGCUGACAGCUGAGCAGGUCAUCGAGGAGCUGGAGGAGCUGAUGCAGAGUUCACCCGACCCCGAGGCUGACCCUGAGGGUGAUGAGGAUGAAGAAGAAGAGGAGGAAGAAACUGAGGCCGAUGCUGAAGGCGAAGGCGGCGGCAGGGGCACAGAGCCCAUCCUUCUGCGUGAGCUGCAUGCUUUCUCCCCUGCCUUCAACAACAACUGCUCCCAUGAAGGGCUGGGGCGGCUGUCGGCGCGGGAGCUGUCGGCGGCGGCGGGGCGAGCGGAGGCGGCCAGCCGGGCGCUGUCGGCGGAGCUGGUGGCGCAGCUGGCGCGGCGGGACGAGCUGGCGUUCGAGAAGGAGGUGAAGACGGCGUUCAUCGGGGCGCUGCUGGCCGUGCAGGGGGAGCAGCGGGAGCAGCGGGAGGCCGCCCGGCGUCGCCGUCGCGACAGGGGGCUGAGCCUGCAAGGCGGGCGUCCGGAGCGCGGGAACCACAUGCCCAGGAAGCGCUUCAGCAUGGAGGGCAUCUCCAGCAUCCUGCACUCCGGCCUGCGCCAGACCUUCGGCCCCACCGCCAACGAGAAGCAGUACCUGAACACAGUGAUUCCCUAUGAGAAGAAGGGGUCGCCACCCUCUGUCGAGGAUCUGCAGAUGCUCACCAACAUCCUGUUCGCCAUGAAGGAGGGGAACGAGAAGGUGCCCACACUGCUCACGGACUACAUCCUCAAAGUGCUCUGCCCAACCUGAUGCGGCGCUGCCCUCGUGCCCCCCUACCCCGGCGCCCCUCGAAAACGGGGCCAAACCCGAGGAAAAUGGGUCGCCUGCGGCCCCCCACCCUCCCCCUUGCACUCCCCCCACCUUUGCACAGCUGGGAAAUAAAUAAUUCGUUUCAUUAAUUAA